GACGAGCCCACUGUCGCCUCGGGGCGGUUGAAAUCAACGAAGCCGAAGGCGAGCACGGACAGCAAGCCUAACAGCACCAGCGACGACACGUCCAAGAAAGCAACCGACGCCUGCGGUCUGCCUCGUCGGUGGCCAAGAGCAACCCGACAAGAGCAGCGAGGAGGUGGGGAUCGCAGAGGCGCCGCGAGGUGGAGGCCGCGCCAGCGACGGCGGUCGGGAUGGUGGCGAGGAAGCCGCCGGCCGGCGCGCGGCGGUGCGGCGUGCGGGUGGGCCCCGCGAGGCUGGAGGGCCUCCCCGCGGCGUGGCCGGGCGCGGCCGCGGUCAAGGUGAAGUGGCCCGCGGCCGGAGGGGCGCUCUCGCAGAUGCUCACGGGGAGGUGGGCGCGCGGGGUCACCGCGGUGGAGGCCGUCGGCGCCGACGGAGCCGUCCGAUGGGAGGCCCGAGACUGCAACCGGUACAGGUUCGACGUCGAGCCGGCCGGCGCGCGCGGGCGGACGGAGCGCGGCGUCUUCUUCUCCAUCCUCUAUGGAUUCCAAGAACAAGGAAGCGGCAAAGACCUGGUGAGGCUUGAGGAGAUUGGGACAGCCAUGAUAAGCCUGGAGGAGUGCUGCUGGGAGAUGCAACUGCAGCAACAGCAGCAGCAGCUGGUGGUUGUCCCUAUCUGGGUCAGGAUGGAUGGAUGGGCAAGUGAUGCCAUGCUUUAUGUUAACGUGGAACUCGUGGAUAUGAACACACCCUCGGACAUCGGAAGGGCGGUCUCUUUCAUGGAGAAGCCGAGAACGAACCUGCCGCCACCUUCUUCUAGGGAGAAGUCGAGAACGAACCUGCUGGCAACAAUUCGAGAUAACCAGAAGAGCUUGGACGAAGUAACCUAUCGUGAUGUUCUUGAUCUGAAGCAGCUGCUUGACCUGGCUGAAAAGGAAGGGAAGGUGGCCGUGUUCGAAAACAAAAGGAACUCUGAUAGCAGCAGUGUUAGCAGCAUCAGCAGUAGUAGCAGCACAAUUAGCAUCAGCAGUGCCAGCACAAGCGGUGGCACGAGCCCGGAGCCUGCCUCGACGUCAAAGCGCCGGUUCCUGCCAUGGACGAGGAGGAGCAGGGACUUCAACAAGAGGAGCAUCGAGUCGCUCUCCCAAGAACUGCCCUUGAAGUGCAUGGAUGACGAUCCAGCCGGCAGCUGGGAGACGCGCGAGUUCACGAGCAGGGACGCGGAGACGAAGCUCAAGACGCCGGCGUUCUUCGCGUCCAUCGACCAGCGCGACGACAGCGCCGGCGGGGAGAGCGCGUGCACGGCGCUCGUGGCGGUGCUCGCCGCGGCCCUCCACGCCAACCACCCGACGAUGCCCACCCGGCCGGAGCUCGACGCGCUCAUCAGGGACGGCUCGUCGGAGUGGAGGAAGCUCUGCAACGACGAGGCACACAUGGCGCAAUUCCCGAACCGGCACUUCGACCUCGAGACCGUCCUCGCGGCGAGGACGAGGCCCAUCGCCGUGCAGCACGACAAGGCCUUCGUCGGCUUCUUCCAGCCGGAGAGCUUCGCGUCCCUAUCCGGCGCCAUGUCGUUCGACGACAUCUGGCGAGAGAUCAGCGGCGGGAGCCGCGAGCCGGGCCGAGCGGACGUGUACAUCGUGAGCUGGAACGACCACUUCUUCGUACUCAAGGUGGCCAGCGACGGGUACUACGUGGUCGACACGCUCGGCGAGAGGCUGUUCGAAGGCUGCGACAAGGCUUACAUGCUCAGGUUCGACUGCACGUCGGAGAUGCACUCCCUGUCGGCGCUGGACAACGAGGAGGUGAUCGUCACAGGGAAGGAGUGCUGCAGGGAGUUUAUCAAGAGGUUCUUGGCCGCCAUCCCGCUCAGGGAGGAGCUGGAGAUCGAGAAAAAGGGCGCUGGUGGCAUGGACGGCGGUGCGCCGCACCGCCGGCUGCAGAUAGAGUUCCACUUCACGGUCCUGCAAGAAGACGAGGAAAGAUGAUGAUCAGUUGGUGAUCUGGGUGUUUCUUCCCUGAUUGCAUUGUACUAACAUAAUGUAAAUUCAUCCACAGUGUAAAAGAAACAGGAGAUUGCAGCACUGAAAAUUACAGGGUAGGAUUGUUGGUUUU